ACACACCCAGAGUCAAUGGAGAAAAUCGAGCACACGACGGUGCGCACAAACGGCAUAAACAUGCACGUAGCUUCAAUCGGAGCAGGCCCACCGGUGCUCUUCCUUCACGGAUUCCCGGAGCUCUGGUACUCCUGGCGCCACCAGCUUCUCUCCCUCUCCUCCUUGGGCUACCGCUGCAUAGCCCCCGACCUCCGAGGCUUUGGUGACACCGACGCGCCGCCGUCCCCGACGUCCUACACGGCCAUGCACAUAGUCGGAGACCUCAUCGGGCUGCUUGACCAUCUGGGUAUUGACCAAGUAUUCCUGGUUGCCCACGACUGGGGCGCCGUCAUGGCCUGGUGGUUCUGCCUGUUCCGGCCCGACCGGGUGAAAGCCUUGGUCAACAUGAGCGUGGCUUUCAGUCCCAGGAAUCCAAAGAGGAAGCCCGUCGAUGGUUUCAGGGCAUUGUUUGGCGAUGAUUAUUACAUUUGCAGGUUUCAGGAACCUGGAGAGAUUGAAAAAGAUUUUGAUAGCAUUGGUGCUGCAGCGGUCAUGAAACGUUUUCUUUCCAGCCGCAGUCCAAAACCUCCAUGCAUACCUAAGGACCGAGGAGUAAAAUCUUGGGCUGCUCCAGUAACCUUGCCCGCUUGGCUGACAGAAGAGGAUCUUAGCUAUAUUGUCAGCAAGUUCAGCAAGUCGGGAUUUACUGGAGGAUUGAAUUACUAUCGAGCUUUGAACUUAACCUGGGAGCUUACGGGACCAUGGACAGGGCUACAAAUCAAGGUACCGGUUAAGUUUAUCGUGGGCGAGCUGGACAUCACCUAUAAUAUCCCAGGCGUCCAGGACUACAUACAUAAAGGUGGCUUCAAAAGGGAUGUGCCAUUUUUGCAAGAGGUGGUUGUGAUGGAAAAUGCAGCUCACUUCAUUGCCCAGGAGAAGCCCGACGAAGUCAGUCAGCAUGUGUAUGACUUCAUAAAGAAGUUCUGAUUUCUGUUAGCUAGAUCAGCGAGCCGGCUUCCUGCAGUUUGUUUCGCUUUGCAGUUACUUCUAUGCAAUUACAGGGUAGGCGUGAUGAUGUCUGAAAUAUGGUGCGACCUUAUGGUGUUGUGCUCCUUAUCUCGAAUAAUUUCGUCCUUCGGGUUUGCUGGUUCUGUAAUAAUCAUCCCCAUCAUGUAAAAAUGAAAAUAAAGAGCUUGGUCUGUAUUCAAUUA